AGAUCAUCGACCUCACAUUGAUCAAUGCCGAGGCUCCGCCACGGUCUUACACCGUACUCGACGAACGUAUUUAUCGCGCUUCGUGGUUCGACCAACAAACUGUGGCAUGUUCAGCCAAACAUUCCAUCUUGGCUCUUGACUCUUGGCUCUCGGCUCGUCGCUCGUGUGUCACAAGUCAAACGUUUCUUGUUGGGUGUUAAGCUUAUAAGCUCCCAAGACCCACUACCGUCAGUGCCCAUCAGGCUGACCGUCACUUGCGCUAAAUCAACAAUUCAGAACGAAACACACUCAAGUAAACGGUAUAGAAACACACAACACAAGCAGCAAAAGAUACGAAAACAUGUGUAUCGUACUCUUCACGACAACGCAUCCAGAUUAUGCACUAGUCCUCAUCGACAACCGCGAUGAGUACAUACUUCGGCCCACUUCACGACCGCACUGGUGGACGCAUGGUACCUCGGGCCGACGGGUGCUGUCGGCGAGGGAUCUUCAACGAGCAGAGAAGGGCACUUGGCUAGGUCUCACCGACGACGGGUUUCUGGCGGUGCUCACCAACUACCGGGAAAUGAUCGUCGAUGACACCAAGCACCCGGUCCACGGAGUCAAGAGUCGGGGUGGUAUGGUGACAGCCUGGCUGGGAGGCGUGCCCGAGGAGAGCGUUACUGACGGCGUGCAUCACCUGGUCAAGGACGGCGGCGUUAAGGGCGUCGGCGGUUUCUCGAUGGUUUGCGGUAAGCUGAGGAAGAAGAGUCAGGGUAUCGCCAUCGUCAGCAAUCGAUGUGGCGGUGUGGACGAUGUACCGAUCGUGGCCAAGGAACGCGGCGAGAUCUGGGGCCUGAGCAACGCCGCAUUCGAGGCCUCUGGGACUGGCGAAGAGUGGCCCAAGAUCAGACUUGGAAAGGAGCUUCUCACGGAGGUCAUUAGCGAGUCGGUAUCCAAAAAGUUGAGCCAGGAGGAGUUCAUCACGGGCCUCUUCUCCGUCCUGAGCAAAGACACGCUCCCGGCCAACGAUGGAAACACCAGCUUCAUCGAGUACAUCAACCAGCUCAAACACAGCAUCUUCAUCCCACCGAUCGGCGACGAAGUGCACCGAACUGCGAUGAACGAGGCCAAGGCCAAGGGGCGAGCCGAGUGGGCGACAGACGACCAGGCGGCAGCGGAGGAGCUCGCGGUCGAGGGCCAACCUGAUCCCAGCCCGAGCCCGAUGAUGGGCUUCGAGACGGGCUUGUAUGGAACGCAGCGCCAAACAGUGGUGCUGGUAGACUGGGAGGGCAACGUGACGAUGGUGGAGCGCGCUCUGUGGGAUGGCAACGGCAACGAGGUGCCUCGGGGAGAAGGCGAUUUGAAGUUCGAGUUCAAGAUAAACGGUUGGGACGACGAAACGAGCGAGGGCCUAGCAGCCGAAGCAGCGGUGAAUGGUGUUUGUUAGACCGGGUAGGAUGGCGGGAUGGUUUGGGAUAGACGAUGUGUGUAACAAGAAUCAUGAAUAAAUGGAAAUGGUCACUUAUGAAUGAA